CAGUUGGACGGCCAGAAGUUUACAGCCAGUGCCUCCCUCGGCAAGGACCUUGGUACAAACCUUCACGUUGGGGACUCGAAGGAUCCGGAAGAGGUCGAGCUAGUUAAGAGAGAUAGAGGAAGCAGAAGAUACCACCAGUUUGGAUUCGUAGGCGGGCCUCUCAGAAUUCACAUGCUUAUCUGCACGUCUGGAAUCUGCGAGUCCUCCUGCUUGUCAUCUCACGACCCCGUUCUGCCCGUUCAGCCCAUCCAUAUCUGGCACCCAUCCUGUCAUCUUGUCCCGCCUGUCCGCCCUGCCCGCCCGUCCGUUCGUCUCAGGGUUCCUUAUCGAGAUGCCCCCAGUCUGGCCUCCUCCACAGCUCGGACGACAAACUCAAUCUGGCAGCUUGGCUCCGCAGGCCUCCCUGCUGGUCCCGGGCCAAGCUUUCUGUUUCUGUGGCAUUGCAGUCGCUCGCGCCCCAGGCCGGUCCAAGCUGGCUGCCGCGGCCUGGUGCUACCUUGGGGGAGGCGAGAAGGGGGGUGGGGUGCGACCUUGGAGCCGACAAGUUGGGUUCGAUAGAGCAGACAGGGGUAACCUACAUGCCAGCGGCGAUAUAGUCCUUGGCGUUGAUCUAGAAUGCAAUCACUGGCUGCCAACCAGUGAUUGCCAGUGGUCAGUGGUCCGCCGCCCGCACAUCAUUUUCGGUCCCCUGGUCAGCACACAACGUUUAUUAUUAUAAUAAGAUGGGGUCGUCCCUGGGAUGGGGACACACGCUGCUGCCGUCCUCCUCCACAUGCCGUUGCUUUGCUCUCGCAUGCUCCUGUGAACCUACCGUUCCUCUGGAUCCGCAGCUGUGCGCUUCCCCACGUCUAGGCAAGGCACAAGAAAACCGGCUCGGCACCUAGGACGCCCGUACGGUGCCAUCGAGUUGGCGUGGACGAACCAGAAUCGCGCGCGGGGCCGAUUUAGACGUGUGACGGUCGCAGUGGCACCGCCCUUAGUGCAGACCUUCGGCUCAACCUGAAGAUUUCCUGCCCGGCUGCCCAGGCUUGUCCUCUUCCACGUCCUCCUCUCACACAGACGCAGACUCAGACAUGGCCUCCAAGGAUUCAUCGUCCGUCGACGGCUCCCACGACGCCACCAUGAGCGCCGGCAGCACUGUUGUCUCGACACCACCGGUGGCGGGCCACAACAGCUCGGCCCAGCAGAACGUAUAUGUCAACCCGGACCCGGCCCUGGAUAUCUCCAACGAGCAUCACCACCCGCACGUCCACCACAACAAGACGGCGCUGCCGGAUGAGAAGGACGAUAUCGUUUUCGCCAAGUCCUCCAACAAGUACACCGGUGACGAUGAGAAGAACGCGCCUGCCCCUGACUACAAGGUGCGCCAGAUGUCAUCGUCCAACGACGAGGAGAGCGGCCGCGUUGGCGAUAUCGCGGACGAGGGCGAGGCGAAGAAGUCCUUCUCGUUCCGGUCGUUGUACAGGAGAUAUGUCUGGCUCAGGGCCGGCAUACAUGCCUUUAUCUGGCUGGUGUGGACCGUUUGGUGGAUUCACGGCCUCGUCAGGCAUCGCAACGACAGGUGGCUCGGCUGGCUCAAGCCGACGCUGCUGUACAUCGCCAUCACCAUCCGCGUCGUCACCCUCUGGAUCCCCAUCUCGGUCGUCAUGAACCCGGCCAAGGCCGUCUACCGCCACACCAUCUACCGCGGCUACGAGGCCAUCCCGGCCAAGCUGCACCAGCCCCUGGCCGCCCUCGGCACCGUCGGCGUCUUCCUCGUCGGCUCCAUGGUCCCCGCCGAGACGGGCCAGAACACGCGCGCCAACAGGGCCGUCUCGCUGUUCGGCCUGCUCGUCAUGAUCGCCGUGCUGACCGCCACCUCGCGCGACUGGCGCAAGAUCCCCUGGCACACCGUCAUCGGCGGCAUGCUGACCCAGUUCAUCAUCGCCGUCUUUGUCCUGCGCAGCCAGGCCGGCUACGACAUCUUCGCAUUUAUCUCCGAGAUGGCCCGCACCCUGCUGGGCUUCGCCGCCGACGGCGUCGAGUUCCUGACCGACGACAGCGUCACCAAGCUGACCUGGUUCCUGACGGGCGUCGUGCCGCCCAUCAUCUUCUUCGUCGCCCUCGUCCAGCUGCUGUACCACGUCGGCCUGAUCCAGUGGUUCGUCGGCAAGUUUGCGACCUUCUUCUUCUGGACCCUGCGCGUGUCCGGCGCCGAGGCCGUCGUCGCCGCCGCCACCCCCUUCAUCGGCCAGGGAGAGAGCGCCAUGCUGAUCAAGCCCUUCGUGCCGCACCUGACCCUCGCCGAGAUCCACCAGGUCAUGACCUGCGGCUUCGCCACCAUUGCCGGAUCCGUGCUGGUCGCCUACAUCGGCCUCGGCCUCAACGCCCAGGCCCUCGUGUCGUCCUGCAUCAUGUCCAUCCCGGCGUCCCUCGCCGUGUCCAAGAUCCGCUACCCCGAGACCGAGGAGACGCUGACCUCGGGCCGCGUCGUCGUGCCCGAGGACCAGGAGGACAAGGCCUCCAACUCGCUGCACGCCUUCGCCAACGGCGCCUGGCUGGGCAUCAAGAUCGCCGGCAUGAUCAUCGCCACCUUGCUGUGCAUCAUCGCCUUCGUCUCCCUCAUCAACGGCUUCCUCACCUGGUGGGGCCGCUACUGGAGCCUCGAGGAGACGCCCCUCACCCUCGAGCUCAUCCUCGGCUACCUCCUCUUCCCCGUCGCCUGGCUGCUCGGCGUCCCCAAGUCCGACUGCCUGCGCGUCGCCCAGCUCAUCGGCAUGAAGGUCAUCACCAACGAGUUCGUCGCCUUCAGGAACCUGAUCGACCCCGACCAGCCCUUUGUCAACAUGAACGAGCGCUCCAAACUGAUUGCCACCUAUGCCUGCUGCGGCUUCGGCAACAUUGGCUCCCUCGGUACCCAGAUCGGUGUGCUGUCGCAGAUCGCCCCUGGCCGUGCCGGUGACGUCUCCAAGGUCGCGCUGUCCGCCCUGUUCUCCGGCGUCCUGGCCACUCUGACCUCGGCCAGUGUCGCUGGCAUGUUGUUCACCGACGAUUUGAGCUAGGCGGUGGCUCUUCGUAGAGACACAUAUGCUCCGUUCGCCCCCUCCCGCGAGAUUGGGCAGGCGGUGCAGUGUCGAAUGUUCAGAGGGAAAAAAAAAAGAAUUAAAUCGUAAUGCAUUAGAAAACGAAUAAUAUGAAUGUUUUGCCCGUG